AUGGAGUUUCCUUCAGAAUUUCCACUCGCAAAACACACGCAAACGCAUAAUACCUCACGAAUGGGUUCCCUCUUCCCAAUUCAAAACGCCUUUCACUUGGGCGCGUACCAAGUCGCGAUAAACGAAGCCGCGGACUUAGAUUCCACCGGAACCACCUCUUUAUCCUCCUCGGACGCGAUCGAGAAGGAUUGUUACGUCUAUCGAUCGUACAUCGCCUUGGGGUCCUACCAGUUGGUUCUGGACGAAAUCCCGGACGAUUCCCCGUCGCAAUUGCAAGCGGUGAAAGAACUCGCCAGAUACCUCGCGGAUCCUCUCGAUCGGGCAACAAUCUCACAAAAGAUGAAGGAGAUGUUAGAAGAUCCAGCGAUCGCGCAGAACGCGACGGUACAACUCAUGGCGGCGACUGUUUUCGCGAAGGAAGGCGAAAUGGUGGAAGCCAUGCGAUGUUGCGCGACGUCGUUGAGUUUAGAGUUGUCGGCGUUUAUGGUGAACCUGUUGAUAUCGAUGGACAGAGUGGACGCGGCGGAGAAGACUUUGGCGAAGAUGGUGGCGAACGACGACGACGCGACUUUGACGCAGUUGGCGACGGCGUGGGUGAAUGUCGCACUCGGUGGGUCGAAGGUUCAAGACGCGAUGUACGUGUAUCAAGAGUUGGGCGAUAAGUACACGUGGACGGUGAAGUUGUUCAACGGCGCGGCGACGUGCGCCAUGGCCAUGGGAAGGUUCGAAGAUGCCGAGAAGGAGUUGUUGGAGGCGUUACAGAAAGAUAGUAAAGACCCGGACACGUUGCAUAACUUGGCGGUGUGCGCGUUGCACUUGGGAAAACCGUCGACUCGUUUUUUUAAUCAGUUGAAGACGUUAACGCCCAAACCCGGCGCGGUGGAGAAAAUGGACGAGUUGGAGAAAAUGUUUGAUACGGCGAGCGAGCAAAUGGCGAGCGCGUAA